GUCACGAGGAGGAGGCGCGCCCGGACAAAGGGAAGCGGCGGAGCGGGGAGAGCGAGGUCGUGGCUCGGAUCUGCCGCUUCCCACCGCCCGGAGGUCCGCGGGCCCGAGUCCCACUGUCGGCUGACCAGUGCUCUGUCCGGCCGCCAUGCGCCGCUCGGCGCUGCUGACCACGCUGCGGCCGCUGGGCCCUGUGGUGGUCGGCAUCUCGCUCGGCUUCACCCUGAGCCUGCUCAGCAUCAGCUGGGUGGAGGAGCCGUGCCCACCCGCCCGCGACAGCCCCGGCCUCCGGGUCCGCAAGGCCAACUCGGUCCCCGCGGGUCCCGACGGCGACAGCGCGCAGGACUUCGAGCCCAGGAUCGUCCCGUACAAGGCGGCGAGCCCCAAGAAGCCGGCCAAGAAAACGGUCAGGUCCCGCUACAUUAGCACAGAGCUGGGCAUCCGGGAGCGUCUGUUUGUGGGUGUCCUCACGUCAAAGAGCACGCUAAACACCCUGGCGGUGGCCGUGAACCGGACAAUGGGCAGCCACAUGGACAAAGUGUUGUACUUCACCGGCACGAGAGGGAGGAAGGUUCCGCACGGGAUGUACAUCGUGACGCACGGGGACGAGAGGCCCACCUGGAACAUGUACCAGACAGUGAAGUACGUUUUCCAGCACUACGCUGCCGACUACGACUGGUUCUUUUUCGUGCAGGACGACACGUACACAGAGCCGGACCGCGUGAAAGCCCUGGUCGAGCACCUGAGCAUCGAUGCAGACUUGUACAUGGGCCGCCCCGAGGAGUUUAUCGGCGGCGACACGGAGGGCCGCUACUGCCUGGGGGGCUUCGGCUACCUGUUAUCCCGUAGCCUGUUGGUCAGGCUGCAGCCUCACCUGGAGAGCUGUCGCAACGAGAUCGUGAGCGGCCGGGCCGACGAGUGGCUGGGGCGCUGUGUCAUCGACUACGUAGCGGUCAACUGUGUCAGCGAGUACCAGGGCACCCGGUAUCGCUACUUUGAGCUGGGGAAGGCGACGGACCCCGAUAAGGAGGAGGACGCAGGCUUCCGCAGCGCUCUGACCGUCCACCCGGUGCUGGAGCCCGUCCAGAUGUACAGGCUGCACAAGCGAUUCACACAGCUGGAACUGGAGCAGACCUACCGGGAGAUCCAGACACUCCAGGAGGAGCUGCGGAACGUGACUGGCCUGGCCGAAGAGGGGGAGUGGGCCAGCUGGCCGCUGGGCAUCAGCCCCCCGUUCCGGCCGCGCAGCCGGUUCGAGGUGCUGCGCUGGGACUACUUCACGGAGGAGCAGGUGUUCUGGUGCGCGGACGGGGCCCCCCGCUGCCAGCUGCGGGGCGUCGACCGGCUGGACAUCAACGACGUGCUGGAGACGGCCGUGCGGGAGCUGAACCGCCGCUACCAGCCCUCGCUGCGGCUCCGCAAGCAGAGGCUCCUCAACGGCUACCGGCGUUUCGACCCCACCCGGGGCAUGGAGUACACGCUGGACCUGGGCCUGGAGGCGGCCACGGAGCGCGGCCACAGCCGCUCCAUCACCACCAGGGUGCACCUGCUCCGGCCGCUGAGCGCCGUGGAGAUCAUCCCCAUGCCGUACGUGACCGAGGCCAGCCGGCUGCACGUCAUCCUCCCGCUGUGUGCCCGCGAGCGCGCCUGGGCCACCCGCUUCCUGGAGGAGUUCGCCCUGACGGCGCUGGAGAGCGAGGAGAACGCCGUCCUCACCCUCCUCUUCAUCUACGAGCCCCUGGAGGCGCAGCGCGUCGGCCACGAUGACAUCUUUGGCGGCCUCAAGGCCCAGAUCGCCCAGUACGAGAAGAAGUACCCCGGCAGCAAGAUCCCGUGGAUCAGUGUGAAGACGGACUCCCCCUCACAGAUCAAGCUGAUGGACGUGAUCUCCAAGAAGUACCCGGUAGACACGCUCUUCUUCCUGGUGGCCCCCAGCAGCCAGCUCAGCCUGGACUUCCUCAAUCGCUGCCGCAUGAACAGCAUCGGCCAGCGCCAAGUCUUCUUCCCCAUCCCCUUCCAGGAGUACGACCCUCGAGUCGCCUACCCCAAUCAGCCGCCGCCCCUCACCGUCGACCUGCUGAAGGACGCCGGCCACUUCGACCGCGACUUCUUCGAGGCCGCCUGCUUCUACAACGCGGACUACAUGGCCACGCGGAGCAAGGUGGCGGCGGCCGCCGCAUUGGAUGGUGAGGAGCUGCUGGAAUCGCUGGAUCUCUACCAGAUGUUCGUCCAGUUCUCAGGCCUGCACGUCUUCCGGGCGGUGGAGCCGGCGCUCAGGCAGGCUCCCGGGCAGCGGGCCUGCGACGCACGGGCCAGCGAGGACGUCUACCACCGCUGCCUGCAGAGUAACCUUUUGGGGCUGGGUUCCCGGGCACAGCUGGCCAUGCUGCUCUUCGAUCAGGAACAGGGCAACAGCACCUGAGGGGGUGGGAUUCCACCGUCCUGCCACCCCUCUCGUCAUCCCGGCCCUCCCCUUCCCUGCCCCCCUAUCACCCGCCCUCCGACGUCCCCCGUCCUCUUGCUCCCCGCUUCCGUUCCCUCUGGAGGUGCUCACUGUCAUGGUCGGCUCCGCUUGACGGCUCCACAGCUGGACCAGAUGCAGGCGGAACGCCCUGACACAGACGCUCUUCUGUAAAUGGCGUUGCCCCUCCGCAGGCGGAACAGCCCAGCAUGUUACUCCGCAAGCGGGUGGGCGUAAAUGGGACAGGCACCCUUCCCUCUCUGCGUGUCCUCUGCACCACCCUGUCACCUCCCCUCCGCACCACCCCAAUCACAAACUCCCUCAUUCCCUCCGUGCUGCCUCAUCCCUCUCUCCCUCCCGCGCAGUCCUAUCACACAGUAAGUCUCUCCCACCUCCUGCACCACUCCAUUGCACCCCCUCCCUUCAUCCCUCCACACACCCCGUCGCAUCCUCCCUCCCUCGCUCACUCCGUCACACACUCCUCCCUCCUUCCGCGCCGCCUCUUCGCACACUCCCAGGGCAGGGACGGACUGCUCGACACUGCCUUCUCCGUACGGAGCUCUGUCUCACUGCCCUGCGCCAUCGCCCCGGAACGCACUCCCAGGGUCAGAAUGCUCGAUACUGCCUUCUCCACGUGGAGCUCUCGUCUCGUGCUCUCCGACAAUCUCUAUGCAAAGUCAGUGUUAGAUUCGGCAGCGCCACUCCGCCUGCGUGAACUCGGCUCAGAUGGAAGAGGAUGCAGGGAACUUACAAAUCUGUAGUAAAGCCCGUGUCCCCGUGGGGGGUUUAAACCCGAUUAUAAGCCGCCGGGCAAGGACUGCAAAACCCUGGAUUCGGCUUCCAUCGGUACAGAUGGGUUUGGGCGCUUACUGUUCAAUCAGGAAGUCUCGUUAGACCAAAGAAAUGUGUCUUCCACUAACUGGUACUCCGGUCCAAGGGCUGGUGUAGGAGGGAGGCUGAGAAAGCAGCCCCUCCCAGUCUCACUCUGAUGCCAGUGGAACGGACAGCUGGACUUUAGAUUUUGGUGAUGUAUUUGGGAGUUCUGCAAACUGCGUGCACCGAACAGCACCGGUAAGUGCAAGUUUUAGACUGAGGGAGGUGGAUGGUGGGAGCUGGACAGCCACUGUGUACCCAGCUUAGGGUCGCCAGUUCCAGAUGUGCCCAGUACAGCCUGGCCCUAAAACAUGUUUGAUCUGUGUGAUCUGGGUCCUGGGGAAUUUCAAAACUACUAAUUCCAUCUCCAAAAACAGAAACAAACCCAACUCCAAUUUAUAAAUAUAUUUUGAGAAUCUUCAAACUUCACAACUAUGAUAUAAUCCACAUUGUUUCCAAGUACAUUGUAACGAUCAGCAGUAAAAACAUCUACAACAUUAGGUUGGCUCAGUGAAAUACUGCGCAUUGGAAAAUGUUUCAAAUAAAUUGAUUUCUGAUUUUUGAACUUCA